CCCUACCACACCAAUAUAUCAUCUCAAACACGUUGUAGUAGACCUUGAGCAAACACUGCCUCUACUAUACUAAACCUAUCUAGCUAGACACCAACAGUGUCACCAUGCCUAAGAAGAAGCUGUCACAGAGAUUGUUUUCUGCCUUGGUCUCCCUACUCCUUCAUGGGAAGCCCCUCUCUAGAUCAUCAUCAUCAUCCAACAAUAACACUGCAUUGCUACACCCUUCCUUGGUGCACAAGUCCUCCUUCAGCUCCCCUCCCAUGGAGAAGCUCGCCGCGCAAACCCUAGUCCUCGACGUCGAAGGCAGCCUUCUUCGAUCACCCUCCUUGUUCCCCUACUUCAUGCUUGUGGCACUGGAGGCAGGAGGGUUCUUGAGGGGCCUUGUGCUUCUCCUCCUCUACCCUUUGAUAUGUUGCAUGGGCAAUGACAUGGCCUUGAAGGUCCUGGCAAUGGUGUCCUUCUGCGGUUUACGGGUCAACCGGUUCCGGGCCGGGCGCGCCGUGCUGCCCAAGUGGUUCCUUGAGGAUGUUGGGGAGGAAGGGUUUGAUGUGAUGAGGAGUGCCAUGAGGAGGGUGUGUGUGACAAAGAUGCCUAGGGUCAUGGUUGAGGGGUUCUUGAAGGAGUACUUGGAAGCUGAAGUUGUUAUUGGUAGGGAGAUGAAGGUGGUGUUGGGGUUCUUCACUGGACUCAUGGAGGAGGAAGAAGAAGGUGGUGAUCAAGAGGAGGUGCUGCUUGAGGAGAAGAAAAUGGCGGUUGAUGUUGUGGGCUUCUCUUCCUCCUUGGAAUUUUUCCAGCAUCAUCUCUCACACUGUUGUAAGGAGGUGUACAUGGUGACACGUGAAGAGAAGGGGCGGUGGUCGGCGUUGCCGCGCCACAAGUACCCGAAGCCGAUGGUGUUCCACGACGGCCGCCUCGCGUUCCGGCCGACCGCCGGCAACGCGCUCGCCAUGUUCACGUGGCUCCCGUUCGGCGUGGCGCUCGGCGCCGCCCGCCUCGUCGUCUCGCUCGCCGUGCCGUACAGGUACUCGACGCCGAUCCUGGCCGCCACGGGGAUGUCGUGGCGGCUCAAGGGCGCGCGGCCGCCGCUGGCCGGCGGCGGCGCCGCCGGGCGCCGCCGCGGGCAGCUGUUCGUGUGCAACCACCGCACGCUGAUCGACCCGGUGUACGUGUCGGUGGCGCUGGACCGGCCGGUGCGCGCCGUGUCGUACAGCCUGAGCCGGCUGUCGGAGCUCAUCUCGCCGAUCGGGCGCACGGUGCGGCUGACGCGGGACCGGGACAGCGACGGCCGCGUCAUGGCGCGCCUCCUCGACGGCGGCGACCUCGUCGUCGUCUGCCCCGAGGGCACCACUUGCCGGGAGCCGUACCUGCUCCGGUUCAGCCCGCUGUUCGCCGAGCUCAGCGACGACGUGGUCCCCGUCGGGACCGCCGUCGACACGUCCACGUUCUACGCGACGACGGCCGGAGGGCUCAAGUGCUUCGACCCGCUCUACUACAUCGUCAACCCGAGGACGUGCUACACGGUGCAGUUCUUGGCGAAGGUGGACACGACGGCGGCGAGGGAGAGGAGGAUGCCGAGCACCGACAUGGCCAACCUCGUGCAGAGGAAGAUGGGCGACGCGCUCGGCUACGGCUGCACCAUGCUCACCAGGAAGGACAAGUACCUCAUGCUCGCCGGCAACGAUGGCGUCGUCAAGACGGAAGACCAGAACAAACACCCUGCUGUCUCUGCUCCGGGGAAGAAGAAGCAAUAACCAAACAUAAAUUAGCUAGCAAAAAUAAAUAAAUACUACCUCUUGUUUUUAAUGGAUGACAACGUUAACUCUUAAUAUAUUUGUUUGACCAUCCAUUUUAUUGAAAAUAUUUAAAAACCUAAAACACAUAAAGUUCUGCUUAGAGUACCUUUAAUAAUAAAUUAAAUCACAAUAGAAAAUAAAUUAUCCUAUUUUUAAAAAAACACACGAAAGGUCAAACAAGUACUUAAAAGUCAAUAUCGUUAUCUAUUAAAAACAGAAGGAAAUAGUAGUUAGCUCUAGAUAGAUUUCUUUUUUAAUGUUGAUGGUAAUUUAGUUUGCUGUGUGUUCUUAUUGUAUUUCCCAGUUGCUUCGGUUUGUAAGAUGCGUUCAUCAGGUUGAUUUCUUUUGUCUUCUUAAUCUACUUUAUUGUAUAGCACUGUAAAACUACAAGAAGCUGCUGGCACCAUCAGGGAGCUUGUAGAACAUUUAAUUACUACUAGUGUGAAUAAAGUAGUGGUUCAAAUUCGUCAGAUAUACUCAUCCAUCAUUGCAAUUAGCUUGUUUGUCCUUGAAAGAAACUGUG